AUGGCGUUUUGCUCACAAAUUUAUGGUUUAAAUUUGUGUAUUCUUUUAUCAUUUGUCAUAGGGUAUAAUGCGCAAUUAUCCACCAAUUACUAUGCCAAAACAUGUCCAAAAGCACUUCCUACUAUCAAAUUUGCGGUGCUUAAUGCCGUUUCAGAGGAGCGUCGCAUGGGUGCUUCUUUGCUCCGUUUGCAUUUCCAUGACUGUUUUGUUAAUGGAUGCGAUGCAUCUGUUUUGUUAGAUGAUAUCCCCCCAAGUUUCAAGGGAGAGAAGACUGCAAGUCCAAAUGCUAAUUCUUUGAGAGGUUUUGAAGUGAUUGACACAAUUAAAUCUAAAGUUGAGUCUAUCUGCCCUGGGGUUGUUUCUUGUGCUGAUAUCCUCGCCGUUGCAGCUCGAGAUUCAGUCACCGCUUUAGGUGGUCCUUCAUGGCAAGUUGAGUUGGGCAGAAGAGACUCCACCACUGCGAGUUUUGAUGCUGCAAGUACUGAUAAUAUCCCCUCUCCGCUAAUGGGUCUUAGUGACCUUAUAUCUUCCUUCUCAAAUAAAGGGUUCACAGCCAAAGAAAUGGUUGCUCUUUCAGGAUCUCACACAAUAGGUCAAGCUCAGUGCUCGUUGUUUAGAGGCAGACUCUACAAUGAGACCGACUUGGAUUCAGAACUGGCAACAUCACUAAAAUCAAAUUGCCCAAGCACAAGCGGUGAUGAGAACCUCUCACCAUUAGAUGCUACUAGUCCUGUUAGAUUUGACAAUGCUUACUUCAACAAUUUGGUUCACAACAAAGGCCUUCUACACUCAGAUCAGCAGCUUUUCAGUGGUGGCUCUACCGAAGCACAGGUCAAAACCUACAGCACCAAUCCUACUGCUUUUUAUGAAGAUUUUGCCAAUGCAAUGGUUAAGAUGGGGAAACUCAGCCCCCUUACAGGUACUAACGGACAAAUCAGGACCAAUUGCCGGAAAGUAAACUAA